AUGAAGGUAAGGAAAGCACGAAGACAAAAGCGAAAGUUAUUGCUUACUGAUGAAACGGAAAUUACAAAACCUGAGAAAAUGAUAAAAACCAAAAAAUCGGAUAUAGGAGUCGGAUCUUCUACUGAUGAUUUUAUACCGGAUACUAUGCCUACAAGGGCUACUUAUCGUGAACAGUUGGAGAUUGGUAUCCGGAAUCGUUUGCUUGUCCUCAUACAAGGUCCAAUUGGUUGUGGUAAGACAUCGAUAGUGAAGGAAGUUGCACGUAGCAUGCAGUUACCAUGUCGAACUAUACAAAUGGGUGAACAAAUCGAUUCGAAAACUUUGUUCGGAACUUUUCAUUGUUUGGAUAUACCUGGUGAAUUUUGCUGGAAGCAAAGUAGCUUCACGAAGUAUAUUCUUGAUAAAGGAAUCAUACUUUUGGAAGAUAUCGACUGUGCUUCUGCUGAUUUAAUAUCACAAGUAAUCAACUUGUGUGAUAGUCGCGAAGCGCGAGUAACUUCUGGUGAAACGAUACGAAUGCAUAAUGAAGCUUAUAUUGUUGCUACAAUGAGGUGUAUAAAGCAAGAAAGGUGUUUCCGAUCAGCUGAUAUUGAAUUGUUGCUUACUUCGGUACCGUUUGAAAUCUCGCUGCCGCCAUUUACAGACAAAGAGCUUCACCGUGCUAUUUGCAUUUUAUGCAAAAGAGUUUCACCACUUGCGCAGAAAUUGAUAACUCUCUUUGGUGAACUAGUCAGCAGUCCAACCAAUCGGUCAACUGGAAGAAAAUUAGGAGCGACAGAUUUAUUGAAAGCUUGUACACGUGUCAACGAUUUGAAUGACCUGUCGGACCCGGUGGCUAUUUUUCAUGAAUUAGUCGACUGUUGGAUAGUUCACUGCCACCGGCAGGAAGAUAUUCUUGCAUUGUCAGAAAUAAUUGCCAGUGGUUUGUCUCUCAAUCAUGACCAACUAAUAUAUCACUUAAAUCUCCGAUUACCUGAAAUUUUGGUGACACAAACCAGCAUGAGAUGUGGGCGAAUGAAUCUGAUGAGGAAUCGAGCAGCGAUAACGGGCGAGAGCAAGGUAACUCAUUUUGGCAUCACACGUAAUGUAUGUCAGCUACUGGAGCAGAUAGCAGUUUGUGUAAGUCGUACGGAACCAGUAUUGCUCGUUGGUGAAACUGGUGUUGGUAAAACAACCAUCAUACAGCUACUAGCAGAUCGUAUUGGCACUACUCUACGAAUUGUGAAUCUCAGCCAGCAUUCAGAUUCAUCUGAUUUAAUUGGCGGGUAUAAACCAGUGUCAAUACCCUAUUUGUUAAGACCAUUAAAAAAAGAAUAUGAUGAAUUGUUUGCUGCAACGUUUGAUUUGAAGAAAAAUGAAAAAUUUCUGCAUCAUUUAGAGAUGUGCUUAUCAAACGGACGAUACAGCGAUUAUGCAAAGUUAAUCACGGAAACAGCACGUCGUACACUGAAAAUGUCACCGAAACGUAACUCGCUUAAACUAUGGGCGAAGUUACUUGUUCGAGCUGAACGUUGUAUUGAAUCAUUGAAAGCUUCAGCGGUUUCAUUUGCAUAUGUUCGUGGAGCAGUCGCCGAAGCUGCUGAACGAGGUGAAUGGCUUCUGGUUGAUGAAAUUAAUUUGGCUACACCGGAAUGUCUGGAUUCUGUGGUACGCUUGAUUGAAGAUCCAGAAAGUCGACAUCCAGAUUUUCGUUUAUUUGCCUGCAUGAAUCCUGCCAGGGAUGUAGGAAAACGAAAUUUGCCAGCUGGAAUAAGAAGCCGCUUCACUGAAAUAUUCGUCCAUGAAACUACAGAAAUGGAACAACUACAUAUCAUCGCACAGGCUUAUCUCCCAUCAUUUGAUGUUGCAAAAAUAUCUAUUGUGCUGGAACUUUAUCAGACACUGCGUAUAGCUUUCCCUGAAAAAUAUAGCUUACGCACUUUAUGUCGUGCGUUGUCAUUCACGGCAGAAAAUAUCUUUGGAAGUGAUAUGCGUAACAUGUAUGAAGCAGUAUCGAUGUCCUUUAUGAGCGAUUUGAAUGCGGAAGCUCAGGAAGUAGUUAGAAAACUUAUUCAAAGCAAAAUGAGCAAAAUCUCGUUUGGCAAAGUGAAGGCGAAAUUUAUCGAUAAUCGCAUUGAAGUUGAAGGAUAUUGGAUCGAAAAAGGAACUGCUGAACUACAGGAUGAUCCCAGUUAUGUUUGUACAGCAUCAGUUCGAAAAAAUUUAGCCCACCUUGCUCGAGUCGUUUGCAGUGGCAAAUUUCCGGUGCUAUUGGAAGGUGAAACAUCGUGUGGAAAAACAGCUAUGGUAAUGCACCUUGCUAAAAUUACUGGGAAUGCGAUUAUUCGGAUUAAUAACCAUGAACAUACCGAUCUUCAAGAAUACCUAGGAUCCUAUGUACCAGAUAGUGAUGGCCGUUUCGUAUUCGUAGAAGGUCCGUUAGUAAAAGCUGCCCGUAAUGGACACUGGAUAAUUCUUGAUGAAUUGAAUCUUGCACCAACUGAUGUCAUUGAAGCUCUAAAUAGGUUGCUAGACGAUAAUCGUGAACUGUUUAUUUCUGAAACAAAUACAGUUGUAAAGGCUCAUCCUCAAUUCCGCUUAUUCGCGACGCAAAAUCCCGUUUGCACUUACGCCGGUCGUAAACGUCUUUCACGUGCAUUGCUCAAUCGUUUUAUUGUUCUGCGAUUCGAUCAACUUCCAUACAAUGAACUGGCUCAAAUGGUCAUCGUUAGUUGUAAAAUUGCGCCAUCGGCUGCACAAGCAAUGGUUUCGGUAUUCUGUGACUUACGUGCUCAUCGUAGUGCAGUUGGCGUUUUCUCCGCCAGUGAUGGGCUGAUGACGCUUCGUGAUUUAUUCAAAUGGGGGAAGCGACUUGCAAGUUCUGAUCAGAAUGAUUGGCGUCAGUGUUUGGCUGAACAUGGUUUUUUAUUACUUGGUUCACGGUGUCGUAAUACCGUCGAUGUUGAGUGCGUGAAAAAAAUGUUGGAAAAAAAUUUGAAACAUAAAAUAAACGUUGAGCGGUUGUUUGCCAACGACUCGCAUUAUUUACCGCUUGAAUUUCGUUCAUGCACAGCCGUGAAUAAUAUUGUUUUAACUGGUGCCAUUCGAAGGAUGCUUGUUUUGGUUGCACAAAGUUGGCAUUUUGAUGAGCCAGUUCUAAUCAUUGGUGAAACGGGGUGUGGUAAAACAACGGUUGCACAGAUGCUUACAAAGGAGAAACUGUUAGCUCUGAAUUGCCAUGAGAAAACGGAAGCUACUGAUUUUCUCGGUUCAUUACGUCCGGUUGGUGAAGGUACAUUCAAAUGGAUAGAUGGCAUAGUCGUGCAGGCAAUGAAAGAAGGUCGACCACUGCUAAUCGACGAAAUCUCGCUAGCUUCUGACUCAGUAUUGGAGCGGCUGAAUCCUUUGUUGGAACCAUCUCGUUCACUGUUUCUGAAUGAUGGCAGUUUAUCAGGUGGUGAAGUACGAGCAAAAAGUGGUUUCAAGGUUAUAGCAACUAUGAAUCCCGGUGGAGAUUAUGGUAAAAAAGAGCUCUCAAAAGCGCUGCGAAAUCGAUUCACAGAAAUUUGGUGUCCAUCAGAUGUAUCCGGUGACGAACUGAUUACUAUUGUGGAUCGACUGCUGAGCGCAACUACACUGCAGAAUGAGAAUGAUUUGCGGCUAAAAGUUAACAAAUGUAUUGUACAAUUCGUGCAGUGGUUUGAUCGCAAAUUUUCUCAUGUGUUAAGAAAUACAAUAACAAUCCGUGAUGUAGUUGCAAUUGCUCAACUUGUUAUUGCUGCAUUAUCAUUAUCCAGUUCACCAUCCUCCUCAAUUUACCAUGCUUUUUCGGCAACCCUUUUUGAUGCCUUUGGUACUUUAUCGACACGUAUCAGUUUGGAUUGCGAUGCCUUAAAAAAAAAGGCCAUUGACGAACUUUGUCGAAUCAUGCAACAGGAAUUGGGUAGCAUCUAUGAUGUAACAUCCCUUUUGUUACCAAAAUUGCAUUUCGAUGAAAAAGAUUCUCAUAGUCUUAUUGUUGGAGAUUUUCGUAUUCCUUUUGGACCAGCCGAACGAUUUAUGCCCAAAGAUUUUACAUUUGAUGCUUUGACAUGCAAGCAGAAUAUUUUCAGGCUUGUGCGUGGACUUGCGGUUGAUAAACCAAUACUGCUUGAAGGUCCUCCAGGUUGUGGUAAAUCGAGCACUGUUGUUGCUUUAGCUGCUGUAACUGGCUAUCCAUUGACCAGAUUAAAUUUGUCUGAACAAACGGAUUUGGCAGAUCUCUUUGGUUGUGAUGUGCCGGUCAUUUUAUCAGAUGGCACACCAUCUUUUAUGUGGAGAGAUGGACCUAUCUUGCAUGCAAUCAAAACGGGACAAUGGGUUCUUCUUGAUGAGAUGAAUUUGGCAUCCCAGAGUGUUUUGGAAGGUCUGAAUGCAUGUUUUGACCAUCGUCACCAUCUUUUCAUACCGGAGCUGAACCGAACUUUCGACAUCGGUGUCGGUGACAGGAGAACACGUUUCUUUGCAUGUCAGAAUCCAUGCUCUCAAGGAGGCAAUCGACGGAAGCUGCCAAAAUCAUUUGUUAAUCGCUUUACUUCUAUUUAUGUAGCCGAAAUGGAUGCAUCAGAUUUUUUCAAAGUUAUAAGAAGUUCAUUUGGAUCUGUAUUGGUUGAUGAUGUUAUCCAACGUAUGGUCAAUCUGAACAGCUCAAUAUCAAGUCUUAUGGCAGAAGAUCCACAAUUUCUAAGGAAGGGAUCACCAUUUGAAUUUAAUUUGCGUGAUUUGUUGAGAUGGGCACAACUAACGGUUGAAAACAACGGUGAUGUUGCAUAUGGAUUUGAUUUAUUGUAUGUAUGGCGAUUACGUAGUAAUAUUGAUCGAGAAAAGAUGCGAAGCUUAUUUUAUGAAUGUUUCAAAUUUGAAUGCAUUGAAGCCGUAGCAUCACUUUCAUUGAUCGAUCCAUACGUUCGUAUUGGAAAAAUAGAAUUAGAACGGUCAGGGACAAUACGCGAACGACAAAAUACAAAAUUACUGUCAUCCCAAAUGAAAUUGUUGAAUAAACUUGCCGUUUGCGUAAAAAUGAAUUGGCUUACUUUAAUUGUCGGGAAAGCUGGUUCUGGUAAAUCAACAGCUGUUGAAAUUUUGGCAUCCAUACUUGGAAAAGAGCUUUAUAAAAUACACCUUACUUCGGAAUCUGAUUCACUCGAACUUCUUGGAUCGUUUGAGCAGAUUACCGAUCAUAUCAAUUUCACUUCCAUAAAGGAACACUGCUUGAAUUUGCUUGAACGGUUUCCGAAUUUGUUGGAUGAUGUAAAUAAUGCUGAAGAUAUACUUACUUUGCGAAUGGCCGUACAGAGCGCAAUGCUUCUCGUCGAUGAAGAUAUCGCAAGCAAAUUAUCAAAAUACGACAAGGAAUUAGGCAAAAGUAAAAUGCGUUUUGAAUGGCUUAAUAGUCGUUUUGUUGAUGCAUUUAUUAAUGGUUACUGGAUUUUGAUUGAAAAUGUCAAUUGUUGCAGUGCAGCAGUAUUGGAUCGAUUAAAUGCUUGUUUGGAAAAUAAUGGGGAAUUGAAUUUGCAAGAAUGUAGUGGUGGUGCUUCUGUUGUGAAAGCACACAAUGAUUUCCGCGUUUUCUUCACGAUGGAUGAUGAUUACGGCAGUGUUUCACGGGCUAUGCGUAAUCGUUCAGUGGAAUUAUAUUUACUUCCUGAUGAUUGUGCUUGGUUCAAAGUAGCACAAGAUCUGGUGAAUAUGAUCACAACAAAUACGGAAAACCAAGAUAUUCUACGAAUUACGCCAACAGUAUUGCAAGCAUGUGAGCAGCUUUCAUGCUGGGAGUUGUUAAAAUUAAAGAUACUGCUGAAGGAGAGGAAUGUGAAUUUGGAAAAUGCAAUAAAGCAUUUCAAAAUAAGCAUAAGUGAGGAUGCCAUGGAAACUGAUGAGAACAAGGAAGAAACCUUCAUAGUUUAUCCUACAAUAGAUGUCAAUCUUGAUAUCACAUAUAGCAAAUGGAAAAUUCUGGUUUGGUCGCAUGUAAGUCAGCAUGAUUGGAUACUUGGUGUUCUGUGGGCUGCAUUUUGCAUUUCGUUCAAACAGCUGGAAGUUGAGGAAAUAGUCGAGCAAUUUAAAUACACAGACAAGAAAAUACGAAAUAAAGUCAUUGAAGCCAUUCAAAACCUGAAACAAAAUAAGAAAUUAGAUUAUGACGAACGCUUUGAUGGUCCUCCAACUCUGCGCAUUACGAAAUCUCCAGACACAUACGUGGACAAUGACAGAUUCAUCAUCGGAAUGUGCGCUUUGUGGACAAAGUUUAGUCUGGAUAAGAUUUCAACUGAGAAGGGAUCUGCCGUUGACAUAGGCAACCUUUUUGUUAGAAAAAAGAUUCGAAGUGACCAGCUUCUCUCAUCUGCAAUUUCAUAUGUGAAGGAAUUAAUUAAUGAAUUGUAUAUGUAUAUAUCGAAUUUUUCGCCAGCAGAUUCUACGGUCUCAGAUGCAUGCUCAAUUUUGUGGAAUAUUAUGCUUUUCGUGGAAGCAUGCCAUCAGCGAAUGGAUUUACGAAGUGGAUGUGCGCCACUUCAUCUUGCAUGGCAGCGUUUGAAUGAUCCUUCUUAUUCUAACAUUUGGAAACAGUGGUCCACAGGUUUGUGUCACAUUGCAACUGCCAUCGAUAAAGUAUGGAUGACUGACAGGAAAGCGUCAGAACGUUAUUCUCAUUUUCACAACCGUUGUAGCUUUUUUAAACCAUUCCGGAGCUAUGAUAAAUGGAAAAAGUAUGAAGACGAGCUGGAAGAACUAACUGUAAGCAGAAUUACAGUGAAUAAUGAAAGCUCUUUAAUACAGCAAGAUACUACUGAAGUGGGAAAAUGUCAUGUUGAUAAGAAUAGUGUUUUAAGCGUAACAUUGAAACUAAUGACGGACCUUUUCUGUGGUUUUGCUGUUUUGAAUAGUCGUAAUGGAAAACAGAUGCUGUUGGAGUUAUUGUCAAUUUCAUCGCAUUAUCCUGUUGAGCUUUGUCGCUUAGCAUGGUUAAAUCUUGAAGAUGAAAAAUGGUCACAGAUUGCUUAUUUUACCCAAUAUCUUUCCUCGAACUUUGCUGUUCAGGAAAUUCCGAUUGCAUGCAAAAAUAGUGAUCUAGCUUGGGUCACUUUGGGUGCGGAAUUAUUCUCAUCAGUAUGGCGUUCGAUGGGUUUUCAAUUAUCUUCGCAGGAGAUUACGCUGGCACAACUUGAGGAUUUUCCGAUUCAGCAAAAACAUUUAUGUAUUCAUUUCUGGAAGAUUGGUGCUCACUUGAAAUCGUUUAAAUCGAAAUACAGAGAAAGGCUUCUGACUGUGAUUGAUCAUUUCGAAUCAUUGUUGGAUUCACCAUCUCUUACUAAUUCAUCUGCCAAUGUUAACUUGUCGAGUUUAAUGCAACGACUGGAAAUAACCGCUUGUUUAUUGUUGCCACUAUCGAUCCCGGCAAAGAACUGUAUUGACCCGAAAAAAUUGCUUGAAAAUAUUAUUGGCGUUUUACAAUCCUAUCAAGGAGUAGUUAGUGGGCAAACAGAUUUGGCAUUAUUUUCAAAUUCCAAGCAUCCGUUCAUCAAUGGCCUCUUAAAUACGUAUAAUUCUGUGACGAAGGAAUUGGAAAACUAUUCGCAAAAUACAGUUUCUUUUCGUCCUCGAUAUACAGAUUUUAAAUGGAACUGUUUGGAUAAUUCACCAGAAAGUGAUAUUUUAUAUAAAUGGUGUAUUUCGGAGAAGACAAUAAUGCCAAAAAGGCUGCAGAAGGAAUUAGUCGCAUUUUCUCUGCAGAAAUAUGAGCAAAACAGGGAACAUUUCGUUGAUCCCAGCGAGAUUAUGGUCGAGAAAGUUGUUGAAUGGAUUAGAAAUGAAUGGUCUAAGUGGUUUGAAGCUAAUACAGAAAAGCAAGAAAAAGCAUAUAUUUAUCGGAAAAGCAUGAAACAUGGCGAUGAAGGACUUGAUGAGGACGACAUUAAGUUUCGAGAGUUGCUACCAGAUUUUUCGGCUCCCAGCGAUGAGCAAGAUUUACUUGAAGAACCAUCACUUUUCGCUUCAUCGUCUGCCAACUGCAUCGAUAGUGAAAGUUUGACAGAAAUACUUUAUCUGUUGGCGAAUGAGGAAUAUGCAUGUGAUUACAAUGGUAACAUGGCUAUAGCAUGGAUGGUGGACACAGCAUCGUCAUGUGGCCUUGUAGACGACUAUGUGGAUUCUAAAGUUUUUGUUUACAAUCUUUAUGCGCUGAAUCAGUUGCAUUUUGACCAAGACAUACGGAUUGUUGACGUUUAUCGAAGAAAUAGCCGGUCAGAGGUGGGGAAAUGUAUUGCAGUAAUGAAGCGACUUAUUAAACGUGUCUACUGGUUGAAGGAAAAAUGGCCUGAAAUGACAGCCCUGGAUGGUAUACUGCAGCAAGCACAGAAAAUAUUGUCUGCAUCAAUGGCAACCCCCCAAAUGCAAUUUUCGGCACUUCUGGAGCGUCUGCUUGUUGAAGCAGAUCUAUGGGAGAAAGUGGCUGAUCGAAAUCACUCGUUAGCGAAUGAACUUGAAGAGUUGCGACAUUUAUUGGUCGAUUGGCGAAAGAUGGAAAUAUUGUGUUGGGAUAAUUUAAUCGAACAAGUACAGACCGAUUGUCGUGCGCAGACACUGCUACUGUCGUGGCCACUUUUCGAAGCACUUGAUAAAGUGGAUAAAGAUGACGAUGAAAUUUUGGCGAUGACAAUUGAGUGGAUACAAAAUUCGACGAUUAUUGACUUUAAAGCUCGACUACUGACUGCUGAAUUGCUUAUCAAAUUUAUCAAACUGAAAAGAGAAACUGUUAGGGAUAAAUUGUGUCAACGACUGAAAUCAGUAAUUGCAUAUUUCCGGCUGUUUGACACUAUAGUUGAAAAUAAAUUAGCCACACAGAAGGAACCAACGGAAAGACAGCUACAUGAUUUUGUAAAGAUCAUGAAAUAUAAUGAUUUAAAUUUAUGGAGUGUGAAGGCGUCAGCCGAGAAAGCUCACAAGCAAUUGUUUCGUCUCCUGAAACAGUUCAGGUUGUCUGGCAACGACUUAGUUGCGCCCCUUUUUGAUGAAAUUCCACCGAUGUUGUCAACAAUAGGGCAUGAAACCAAAGCAGUAUUUACUGAUGACCGAAUAAUGUCAUGUAACGAUUUCUACGCGAAACGCGCAGUUGAGUUAACGUUGAAAAUUGCGACACAUUUCAUGGAUGGCAUCCAUUUAGAGGAUAUUCAAGAGUUAACGGAAUUCGCUAAGUGCUGUAACGAUCUUAUUCAUAAAGAUAUUCAAUACGAGGGUAACGAUAGUGAAAAGGAAAAACAGCAAGGUCGUGCAUUAAGUGAACGACAAAAGGCAGUUGCGCGUUUAUUGAAAGAUAGUGCUGCACUUGGUCUAAGUAGUCGAAAAGGCUUAGCGGUUAAUGCGGAACAGUUAACUGCAAAUGUUGUUGCUGGAAUGCCUGGAGAUGAAAUAAUGUUGAUGAAGUUCAUAAGAUAUGGUGGAGCAUCACGAAAUAUUGUCUUGAAGAAUUUCCAUAAGCCAAAUGCUCAAAUCGGUACAAAGACGAUGAGCGAAUUAAAGGGGCUUACGGAAUUUAUCCUGAAUGAAAUGUACUUAUGUCAGCAUAUUGUAACAAGCAGACGAGAAACGCUAAAGAAGAUGGAUAAAGCUAAGAAAAUGUUGUUGAAUUAUCUGGAAAAUGCUAAGGAUAUGAAACAACCUUGCUUAUAUAGUCAACAGUGGUUGUAUCGUCUACAACAAUCAAAAUAUUCGACACUUAAAUUUAAUUCACUUUUGAAAUUUAUGAGAACAAAACUUGAGAAUGCUCCAGAAUGUGAUACUGAUCUUGAAGAGAACACGGCCCUCAAAUUCAGUGGUAUUCAAGAUAGUCGGUUAUCCCAGUUACAUAAGCAACAUCAGGAGUAUGACCAAACACUUGAUGCAAUUAGAAAGAUGCAAGAUGCAGCAGCAAAAAUACUUGAAGCUAUUAAACUGUCGCUUCUUCAUUCAGUGGAUUGUGAGAGUAUUGCUAUUUGGAAAAAUUCCGAUAUAUUGGAUACCAUUAAUCUCAUAAAAUCAGAAAGCGCUGAUAUAAAUUCUCGACUACCUCUCAUUUCGUGUGUAAUGGCGGAAGAGGUUAAAGAGGCACUGGGAAUCUUACGUGAAGUAUCAGAAGCGCUGACGAAUCCAACAAGUGUUCACGAAACACUUCUGGAUAUACCAUGGGAGGGAAUCCAAGCUUUGUUGAUCAUGCUGCAAAAUACUUACAAGCAAGUAAUGUCAGUUGAUUUAAACAAUUCUCGUUUUAUGGAUAUCCUAAGGCAACUGACCAAUUUGCUGCGAAAUUUGGAUUUUAAUAAGUCAACUGAAGAAAUAUGGAAUUUGUGUGCGCAGUUAUCUGAAGGUAGGGGAUCAAUGGGUUAUGACCGUCUGGAGCAAGUCGCUUCAAUAAGUACUACGCUUUGUGAAAUUUCGUCUUUCAUUUUGGAGACAGUUGAAAAUAUCGCAAUUGAGUUGGCGAAGUAUUAUAUGCACUUCGAAGCAAUGGCUGCUACGUUACUCAAGAAAGGUUAUGUAAAUCCGAUACCGAAACCGCAGAAGAAUGAUGGUGAAAAUGAUGGAAAUGAACUGCAGUCAUGUGAUGACGACAUCGCUGGUUUGGGAGAUGCUAAAGGUGAGAAGGAUGUUGGUGAUGAUAUCGAUGAAACCGGGCAGGUUGAAGGCUUGAAAGAUGACAAGGAGAAUGUAGGCGAAGGGCCAGACAAAAAUAACGAUGAUGGUACACCACUUGAUAUGGGUGACGAUUUUGCCGGAUGUUUAGAGGAUAUUGAUCGUCAGCAACGCGGCGAUAAAUGAAGAAAAAUGGUGAAGAUGAGGACAAUGAGCUUGAAGCAGAUAUGGAGAUGGGAGAUGUUAACCAAAGUGAAGAGAUAAACUGGACCCCGAAUUAUGGGAUAAGAAUGAUGACAAU